AUGGCUUUCAGUUCAAUACUUCGUUGGUCCGCUUCACAAGUUCUUCCUCUAGCAAUUGGAGCCGUUGGAAGUCAAAGGUACUACCACCACUGCCCUGUUCUGUUUUCUGCUGUUAAUCACAGCGAUCUUUCUCGCAAGCUCUUUCAAAGUUCAUUUCCAUCGGCACUUAACUACUCUACCAAGUGCCUCAGUAGUUCUGAUGAGUCUCUCAUCCGAGUCAUUGAAUCAAAGAUCAAAUGCGUCGAAGAGUCUAAAGGCCACAAUCAA